CGGGGCCGAGCAGACCAACCCGGGGGGCCGGCGCGCUGGGGCAAGGUGGACGAGAUGUGGGGUGGCCGCGUCUUGCGCGCGGUGCUCCCCGUGGUGCCCCCCGUGGUGCCCCGCGGCCGCCGCGCGCAGUCAGCGCUGGCCCAGCUGCGCGGCAUCCUGGAGGAGGAGCUGGAAGGGAUCCGCGGGGCCGGCACCUGGAAGAGCGAGCGGGUCAUCACGUCCCGGCAGGGGCCGCACAUCUGCGUAGAUGGCGACUCCAGAGGAAUCCUUAACUUCUGUGCCAACAACUACCUGGGCCUGAGCAGCCACCCCGAGGUGAUCCAGGCGGGUCUGCAGGCCCUGGAGGAGUUUGGAGCCGGCCUCAGCUCUGUCCGCUUCAUCUGCGGGACCCAGAGCAUCCACAAGAAUCUGGAAACAAAGAUAGCCCGCUUUCACCAGCGAGAGGAUGCCAUUCUCUACCCCAGCUGUUUUGAUGCCAACGCUGGCCUCUUCGAGGCCUUGCUGACCCCAGAAGAUGCAGUCCUUUCGGACGAGCUGAACCACGCCUCCAUCAUCGACGGCAUCCGCCUGUGCAAGGCCCACAAGUACCGCUACCGCCACCUGGACAUGGCUGAUCUGGAGACCAAGCUGCAGGAGGCCCAGAAGCAUCGGCUGCGCCUGGUGGCCACUGAUGGAGCCUUCUCCAUGGAUGGUGACAUCGCGCCCCUGCAAGAGCUCUGCCACCUUGCCUCUCAAUACGGAGCCCUGGUCUUUGUGGACGAGUGCCAUGCCACUGGCUUCCUGGGGCCCACAGGACGGGGCACCGAUGAGCUGCUGGGCGUCACAGACCAGGUCACCAUCAUCAACUCCACGCUUGGGAAGGCACUGGGUGGAGCAUCAGGGGGCUACACGACAGGGCCAGGGCCCCUGGUAUCCCUGCUACGGCAGCGUGCCCGGCCCUACCUCUUCUCCAACAGCCUGCCACCUGCUGUCGUUGGCUGCGCCUCCAAAGCCCUGGACCUGCUCAUGGAGAGCAAUGCCAUCAUCCAGUCUAUGGCCGCCAAGACCCAGCGGUUCCGCAGUAAGAUGGAGGCUGCCGGCUUCACCGUCUCAGGAGCCAAUCACCCCAUCUGUCCUGUGAUGCUGGGUGAUGCGCGACUGGCCUCUUGCAUGGCAGAUGACAUGCUAAAGAGAGGCAUCUUCGUCAUCGGGUUCAGUUACCCUGUGGUCCCCAAGGGCAAGGCCCGGAUCCGGGUACAGAUCUCAGCAGUGCACAGUGAGGAGGACAUCGACCGCUGCGUGGAGGCUUUCGUGGAGGUGGGGCGGCUACACGGGGCACUGCCCUGAGCCCUGAAUGGGGACAAGCAGACCCAAGCUCCCCUCCCUAAACAGCAUGCAAGGGGGCGUUUGAUCAGCCCAGGCCAGAGGCUCCGAGCCCUGAACCAAAGGCCGGGCUGGGGUGAAGCCUGGGAUCAUGGUCAGGAGAGGGUGAAACAAGAGUGAAAGUUA